AUGGUGAUCCGAAUAUCUGUGAUUUAUAUUUUUAUCAAUGCAUCGUAUAAUCUAACUUAUGAUUGUGAUAAUCUCGUCGAUACUUGUAAACUUGAAUUGGGUUCAAAUUCAUGUAACGAACAAUAUGAAACUUGUAUAAAUAAUCAAACGACAAGUUGCGAUACUCAAACAAGUGAUUUUAAUGAUUGGAUUCCUACUUUUUCUAAAUGGAUCGGCGAUUUAUUUAAUUCCAUUUGUAAUGCGAGUGAUGUUUUAUGUGUUGCUUGGCGUACUGUAUGCGAAAGUUCGGGAGAUGCAUGUGAUUUAUUGGGAGAUGCUUGUCAAGAAGGUAUUUCUGAUGAUCUUUUAGAAUGUUUAUGGGAAAAUAAUGAGGGUUAUCCUAUUAAAAGGCAACUUGAAGAUGGAAUCAGAUUUUUGGAUCUAGAUGCAUGUCAAGUAGGAAAUGAAAGUGUAGUAUUCUGUCAUGGAGAGGGUUUAACACGUGCGCUAGGAACAGAUUUAGAUUCAAUAUUUUCAGAUAUAAAAAAAUUUAUGGAAGAUAAUCCUAAUGAAAUUCUUAAUAUAGCAUUUGGUGAUACACGUAAAGAUUGGGUAUAUAGUAUUGAUUCCUAUUUUGUAGUAAGUUAUACUUAUACAGCAGGUGAUUUAACUGCUGAACAAUUAAAUGCUAGUUUUACUGAAUGGAGUAAUAAUGCUUCGAUUGUAAUUGCUGAUGAUCUAAUAAAUUAUGGAUAUAUUCGAUGGCAAACAAUUGAUAUUACAGUUGGACUGAAUUCAACAGCACUAGAAGAUGCCAUAAUAAAUAAUGAUAAUCCUGGUAAAUUAUGUUUAAAAGAUUUAGCAAAUAAGAUUAAUUAUGAUUUAUUAGAUUAUAUUUAUGAUAUUUUUAAAGACAAAUUUCCUUAUAUUAUCAGAGUAACCUUAGAUUAUUAUAAUCAAAGUAAUUUAUUUGAUGUAGUUAAUAAAUUAAAUCAAUUAAAUGUACAAAAAAAUAUAACAAUUUAA